AUGAGGGUGCCCCUGCCGGGUCCCGCGGCCGCCGCCGCCGCCCCGGCGGCCGGCCGCGGGCCCUCGACGCCCGGCGGAGGCGGCGAGGGCGGAGGCGCCGUCGCUGCUGCCUCAGGCGCCGCGGUGCCCGGCUCGGUGCAGUUGGCGCUGAGCGUCCUGCACGCCGUGCUCUACGCCGCGCUCUUCGCCUUUGCCUACCUGCAGCUGUGGCGGCUGCUCCUGUACCGCGAGCGGCGGCUCAGUUACCAGACCCUCUGCCUCUUCCUCUGUCUCCUGUGGGCAGCGCUCAGGACCACCCUCUUCUCUGCCGCCUUCUCCCUCAGCGGCUCCCUGCCCCUGCUCCGGCCGCCUGCUCACCUGCACUUCUUCCCGCACUGGCUGCUCUACUGCUUCCCCUCCUGUCUCCAGUUCUCCACUCUCUGUCUCCUCAACCUCUACCUGGCGGAGGUUAUAUGUAAAGUCAGAUGUGCCACUGGACUUGACAAACACAAAAUUCUACUGCAUUUGGGCUUUAUAUUGGCAAGCCUCCUCUUUUUAGUGGUGAACUUGACUUGUGCAAUGCUGGUCCAUGGAGAUGUCCCAGAAAAUCAGUUGAAAUGGACUGUGUUUGUUCGAGCACUAAUUAAUGAUAGCCUGUUUAUUCUUUGUGCCAUCUCUUUAGUUAGUUAUAUAUGCAAAAUUACAAAAAUGUCAUCAGCAAACGUCUACCUCGAAUCAAAGGGUAUAUCUCUGUGCCAGACUGUUGUUGUAGGCUCUGUAGUCAUUCUUCUCUACUCGUCAAGAGCUUGUUAUAAUUUGGUGGUGAUCACCAUAUCUCAGGAUACACUAGAAAGUCCAUUUAAUUAUGGCUGGGAUAAUCUUUCAGAUAAGGCUCACAUAGAAGACAUAAGUGGAGAAGACUAUAUAGUAUUUGGAAUGGUACUCUUUCUGUGGGAACAUGUGCCAGCAUGGUCAGUGGUACUGUUUUUCCGGGCACAGAGAUUAAAUCAGAAUUUGGCACCGGCUGGAAUGAUAAAUAGUCACAGUUAUAGUUCCAGAGCUUACUUUUUCGACAAUCCAAGACGGUAUGAUAGUGAUGAUGAUUUGCCAAGGCUGGGAAGUUCACGAGAAGGAAGUUUAUCAAAUUCGCAAGGUUUGGGCUGGUAUGGCACCAUGACCGGGUGUGGCAGCAACAGUUAUGCAGUCACUCCCCACCUGAAUGGACCUAUGACAGAUACUGCUCCUUUGCUCUUUACUUGUAGCAAUUUAGAUAUGAACAAUCACCAUAGCUUAUAUGCAACACCACAAAACUGACAGCAUUAAAUUUACCAAGUCAUAAUUCUUGAAUUGUUUUUCAUGAAUGUGUAUAUUCAACAUGUUUAGAUCCCAUCUACAUAAACAUUUCAUCAUCUGUUGCAACUGAGAACAAAGCCUGGAAAUGUGGCUGUGCCCAGUGGAGGACAUAGCUGAUACUUGUGACCUCUUCCUAGUAAAAUGAAGUAGAACAGAAAAUUUGGAGAGGAAGAAAAGACGAAUUAGAUCUUAAGGCACUUGAGAUGGCCUCCAAACACCCUGACUUUGGAACAUCAAAUGUAUCUUUGCCUAUUUGCACUUUUAUCUUUGUUCCGAAAGAGUAAACUGCAGUCCCCAAACUCAUAUCCCAGUUUUCACACUGGCAUAUUAUAUUGUACACCAAGUUGGGAGACAAUUUUCCUACAUAAAUCAAAGUCUGUGUAUUCUGUGGUGUACUCUAUAUAGAAUUCUUACCCAAUAAAAGUUUUACAGUGUGAACUGUGUACAGAAUUAAGGCAUAAAAUGUAUCAUUCUUUUUAAAAAUCUCAAAAUAUUUAAUCACUGGAGAUAGUUCUUUUAAGCAUGACUUUAAAAUGCCAACUGAAAAUAUUUAAGCAAUCAUUUUAAACAGAUGUUAGUAGUGAUUCUUUACAGUGAUAACCAGCAGUGUUCUUUGGAAAGCCACAGUCAUUUCUUCAAAAGUAAAAUAUACCAUUGCAAAUUGUGUUGCUACUUUGAAGUAGAAUUUGUCAAGUGAUUAUUUCGUAUGAUUAAGAUACAUGUAGUCGAGUUUAAGCAUGAUUCUUCAAGAAAGCAAUAGUGAUUUUUGGAAAGAGAAAUUUUGGUAGAAACUUCUUGGGACUAAACACAUUAACAGAUGCAUUUGAGAAUUAUUCAUAAAAUGUACAAUUCUAAGUUAAAACUUGGUACAUUUUAAAAAGCAUUCUAUUUAGCUAAAACAAGACAUGGCUGACCUUACCUAUUGAUGCAAGAUUGUCCUCAGGUAAAUUAAAUCAUGAUACAUUACUGCAGUGAGCUCAAGUGCAAUACUUUGUAAGACAUAUAAUUUCUCCUGUAGUUUUAUAUUUUUAUUUUAUAUGUGGGCAGAGCCAAAUUAAAUUGAAUUCAAAUUAAUCCCAGCACUAAAAUGAGUAAAUUUAUGUAAAAUAAAGGUACUAACUAGGUAAGUAUAAAACCUGUGGUUAAUAUUGCAAUACCUUUAGAAUUGCGCUAAAAUUGACUUGAAUAUCCUAUCCCAAAUCUAAAAAAUAUAUGGUAGGCUAAGAUAAUAGGGAAUUUAAAAAUGCACUUUUUCUACCAGUGUCUAUAUGGAAAAAAGUAGAUGCUAAAUACCUCAAGAUGCCAGUGGAACAGGCAACACUGGGAAGUUAUCACAGCAUGCUAAAAGACAACUAACUAUACAAUUGUCUGCUGAUCUGUUUCUUCAGAAUUGAAACUAAUACAACUGUCUUUUUCUGUUGUCUACAUCGAUUAGAAAGUUAUGUCUUAUUUGUUCAAGUACAGUCUUUCAACUUUUUAAUAACGAUGCAGUAACGACAAAAAUAUACAGUAGGUGAAAAGCUCUAAGGAAUAAACAAUUUUUAAUGAUUUCCAUCUUUUGGGAGGUUGAUACACAGCCAAAGAAAUUUCUUCUUUUUACAAUUUCUUUACAUUUUACUUCUUUAAAAUGUAUUUAUUUGUUGUUUCACUAAAUUAUAACAAAAUUAUAAUAUAAAAUUAUUUCAAAUUCAAUCAGAACCAUAAAUUUAGUUAUGUUAUUUUGAGUUUGUUUAUAAGAAGUUCUUUCAUUGUAACCAAAUUAUUAGAAAAUGCACAGUACAAAAGUUAACCUUGGUAUUAAUAUGACACAUAACAUGCACUUAAUUGCAACUUCAAUUUUAGACUUCUUUUCAGGAUGCCAACUAUUUCUUUUGCUAAUAUUAGAUACCUAAUUAUCUAGAGCUAUCUAAAAAGAUCUGUGUUGGUUUUGUUAAUCCUUGGAGUUCAAGGUGAUAAAGUAAAUUUGUUCUAGUAAGGCUUCCCCAGAUAAUGUUCUUAUUUGGCCAGAAAAACAAAGAUUACUUUAAAAAAUAUAUUUCAGAUAAUAUAACUUUGUUCUUUUAGCUAUAUUGACUUUUCCAAAUUUCAGAUUUGUUAAGUUUAUUCUUAUCACUGACGAAGGUACCUGAAUUCUUGCAUUUGUCUUCUUAUUCACAUCUUCCACAAUACAUCACCAAAGACAAAGACAGAUAAGGUUCUGGCCCAAUUUUUCUUAAAAAUUCCAAAGCACUAGGAGCACUUUAAGUUUGGUCUUGAAGGAAAGAGUUGUUUAUAAAAUCAAAGGGCUACUGAUUCCCUGUUCAUCCUGUACUGAAGCACAUGAUGACAAUUUCAGACCUUCGUUUUUGGUUCAUUAAUUACAAAAGCAAAUUUCAUUGCUUAAGUGUGUAAUUCUACAGUGAUUAGCAGUUAUUUGUUUUUAUUGUUACAAUUGGGUGGCUAUUAAUUUUGAAGCUGUUAUCACUCAUUGUAUCUGGUUGUAGUUUUAUGGGAGAUAUAAUUUAUAGCUCAAGUGGCUUUUUUAUGCAUAGCUUUUUUAUUAUUUAACAGUGUUUCUCAGCUAUAUAAUCAGUUUCAAACUGGUUGUAAAAGUAUAGCUGUGGCCAAUGAAUGUAUUUAUUUGUUGUUUCACUAAAUUAUAACAAAACACUACUGUUAAAAAUAAAAAUGUUUGUGGUUUUAUUUGGAGGUCUAGUUUUCUUAAUCUCUCUCAAUGAACUAUAUAUACUUAUUGCAUUUCUCCAUCAUGUAAGGAUAAGGACCCUAGUGCUACUACAGAAAAGAGAAGAAUAUCGGGAGUUACAAACAAUAGUUUGCUUACAUCUAAACAUCAAAUCAUUUAGGAAUAUACACCAAUUUGAUAUGAAAUGCCAUAUACUUUAAAAUACCAAUAAAGUAUUAGAUAAUACAUAUAUAUCCAAAUAUUAAGCUAUUAAGUUCCUUAUCUGGAGUAAUGUAUAACCUGUCCCAUUCCCCUUAGAGUAUUAAACAGAAAUCAGUUUAAGUAGUCCAUAACCCCAGGCAGCUAUUUUUCGAUUACUCAAGAAAUUCCUCAGUGAUGCUUCCCUUUCCCUUAAAAGCUACUUUCUUUUUUUCCAGAAUAGACUCCUUUCAAGUCCCCCCUCCAAAAAGACCACCAAAUUUUAAAUAUAGUAUCAGAAGCUUUAUUGACCCCCUAAAGUCCACAAUUCCUCGGGAGUCUACUGACUCUUGCUAUAAAGAAUAUUUGAAUGAAGGUGUGACCUCUAAUAUAACAAAGUCACUUUAAAAGCAAUUUACUCAACAAACAUUUAUUAACCAUUCAUAUGCCAAAAACUAUGGAGAUUAAAAAAUGAAUAAAGGUUUUGUUCCUGCCCUUAAGGAGCUCACAUUCUAGUAAAGGAGGCUUUAAAAAACAAAAACAAUACAGUACAAUAAGUAAUACAAUAGAGGUAGGUUCUAAUUACAGUGAUGGCACAAAAGAGGAAGUUAGAUGACUCUCCAUGAAUGGAGGAAGAGAAAUUUCACAAAGGAGAUACUUAUACCGGACCUGCAAGGAUACACAUGAAUUUUCUAGAUGGGGAAGGAGGGCUAGGAUACUCAAUACAAAGAUAACAGUAUGUACCACGGUGUGGAGCCUGACCAUGUAGCACACAUAGAGAAUUGUGAGUCUGUUUAAUCAGAACAUUGUCAGGGUGA